GGCCUGGGGAGCUGAGAUUUGGCCGCAGGACAGGGCGGACGGUAGCUCCGGCGGCAGGGAAAGGGCUGGGAUGGGGCUGGCAGUGCUGGCCUUGGCCGCCUGGCUGGUGGUGGCGGUGGCGGCCGAAGGGGCAGCCAACAGCAGCCGGAUCUGCCAGGCGGCCCCGGCGUGGACCAUCAACGGCUCCAGCCCCAUGGCGGGGGCGGCGGGGCAGGUGACGGUGGUGGCCUUGCUCAAGGCCCGCUGACACUUCUGCCUGAGGCAGGCCCGCAGCCUUGGGGACCUGCAAGAGAAGCUGUCGCGGCAGGGCAUGGCCGACGUGCACUACAUGAUCGUCAACGAGAAGGCACCACUGUCGCGGGCCAUGUUUGGGGGGCUGGUGGGCCAGGCCCCCCCCAGCAUCCCUGUGUACCAGCAGGAGCCCCAGGACCUGAUGGCCGGCUUCGUUGUCUACGACCGCUGUGCCCGCCUGGCUUUCCACAUCCAGCUGCCCUACAGCUUCCUACACUUCCCCUACGUUGAGUCAGCCAUCCGCUUCACCUACAGCAAGGAUUACUGUGGCAACUGCUCCCUCUACCCCAACAGCACCCAGGAGGUUAACAGCACCAUGGAGGUCCCUGCAAAUCCAACCCUGCUUCCUGAAGAGGAGGAGAAGGAGCCAAAGCUCCCCAUUCAGCAGCACAACCCUCUCCAUCCCCAACACCAUGUGGUCAGCAGUGAAAAAGCUUCAGACCCAAGUGGAGACCACCACCCUGCUGCCCAUGGUCUCCACCACCACAGAGACCACAGCAAGCCUGAUUCCAAGGGGCAAGGGCAGGAGCAACAUGACCACUAGGUAGGGCUAGGCCACCUUGGUGAACCCAGUGCAAUGCAAACCAUGCCAACCCACUUCCCAGAGGCAUGAAAGGCCUUGCUGGUCCCUCAGGCUGUGAGUCACCAGCAGGGUUGAUUUAAUAACUCCCUUCAGCAUCUCUCAUGUAGGUCAUACUCCCACUUCAUGAUGAAAAUCCCCCUCAGACACCAGAAGAUGCUGCCUCCUCUGCCCUAAGGCUCAGUUCUGACUCUUCCUCUGCUGACACUUGCCUUUCCAUGCUCAAUGAAGCCCGUGGUGUAAACUGGGACCUCCCUGGUCACUGCAGGAUGACACUGCAUGGAGCAGCAGAGCAGGGGUGGAGGAGGCAGAACUGGGAUGUGAGCAGUUCUGGCCAGGAGAGCCUCUGCCUAUCGUGGCAUCCC